GCCAGAAGGAGAACCACAGGAGGAGGAUGGAGGAGAGGAGAAACUUCCCAUACCCAAGCCCAUGGUGCCCCAGCUAGCCCCUCCCAAGAUUCCAGAGGGGGAUAGGGUGGACUUUGAUGACAUCCACAGGAAGAGGAUGGAGAAGGACCUCCUGGAGUUGCAGAGUCUGAUUGACGUCCACUUUGACCAGAGGAAGAAGGAGGAGGAGGAGCUCAUUGGGCUGAAGGACCGAAUCGAGAAGCGUCGGUUUGAGAGGGCAGAGGUGCAGCGAGUUCGAGCGGAGAAGGAGCGGGACCGGCAGAACAGGAUUGCGGAAGAACGGCAGAGAAAGGAAGAUGAGGAGGCUAAAAAGAAGAACGAUGAUGAGGCCAAGAAGAAGAAGGUUCUUUCCAACAUGGGGGCCAACUUUGGGGGCUUCCUGCAAAAGGCAGAGCAUCGUGGGAGGGGGAAGCGUCUAACGGGGAGAGAGAUCAAGAGGAAGACCUUGGCUGAGAGACGACCCACACUGGAGAUCGACAACCUGAGAGAGGAUGCCCUGAAGCAACAAGCUCAGGAGAUGUGGAACUGGAUCUUCACGCUGGAGUCUGAUAAGUUUGACUUCAUCGAUCACAUGAAGAAACAGAAAUAUCAGAUUAUCGUUCUCUUGAACAGAAUCACGAGUGCCCAGAAAUUUAAAAAGGUCCAUGGUAAGGGGAAGGUCGGUGGUCGUUGGAAAUAAAGAAACUCCCACUCUCAUAGGGCAGAAGGGAGAAGACGACUUUGGAGGGAAGAAGAAAAGAGGGAGAUCCCACCCUCCCUUCUUCCCUCUCCCCUCUUCAAUCUUUCCUCUCUUAUUGUGGCCACCCUCUUCUUUGGCAUGUCCUCGUGUGUUUCAUUGCAAAAUACAAGUUAUAAUAAUAUGUAUUGAUAAUAAAAUCGGUGUACACUC